AUGACUUACAUUGUCCAACCCCCAAGAGUUGAAUACGAGACAACAGUGAUCUACGAUGAGGUUUUAAGGGAAGUUUGUGCGACUUUUGGAAUAGAGACAUUUCAAGAAGAACAACAGAAAGCCAUAGAUAUGUUUUCCGAAGAAUCAAGACCAUCAUUUACAGCAACUCCUCCAAAUCCGUUUUAUGUCUUGGAAGGCAACAAUAUCACCUUUGUGUGGCAGUACAACCUUAGUGGAGCGUUUGACAGAGUUGUCUUUCGGUUUGUCAGCAGCUCUUCCUCCCGCACCAUUGUGUUCAAACGUGACAUAAACAUUGACGCAGCGGUUCCAGAUAGUUUUUAUCAGGGUCGCAUUCAAGAAAACAUUAAUGCCACACGAUCAGAAAUUACAAUCUUUACAUUGCAGAGAUCUGAGAGUGGAGAAUACGAAAUUCAUGUGACCGACAGUAAUUUCAACCCUGCCAUUGACAAAAUGACUGUUCAAGUACAGUAUCCACCAGAAUUCAACAGCUUUAGUAGUGAUGAAGUUGUUGUGGAAGGGGACCCAAGUGUUACAUUAGAGUGUAUCGCAGAUGGUGUACCAACACCAAACAUCAUCUGGACCAAAGUAUAUACUAAUGGCAGUGACAGUGGUGUACUGGGAACUGAGAACCAGUUUAAUCUUGCAACCAACAGAAAUAGCAGUGGAACAUAUCGCUGUACAGCAUAUAAUGGAAUAGGAACUGCACCAAAUCGCACGGUGAAAAUAGAAGUUAAUUAUAAACCAGAGAAUGUCAAGUUAAUGGUGAAUGACUCAGCUGUAUGUGAAGGUGAUGUUAUCGGUAUCACCUGCUCAGCAGACGGUAAACCUACAGUGCAUACUUAUCAACUGUUUGAGAAUGAAAUACCAGUUAACGAUGGAAACAUUUCAGCCGGGGUAUGGAUGAGAAAAGAUUUAAAAGGAGGAGACUUAAGCUACAGUUGUGUGGCUAAUAACACUGUUGGUACAACUGAGAAGACUGUAAAUUUCACCGUGAAAGUACCCUCUAAGGUUUAUCCAUCGGAGAACAUCACAGUGAUAGAGGGAGAAAACAGGACUUUAACCUGCAACGUUUCUGGAAGUCCUGUACUAACUGUAACAUGGACAGAAGUUAGCAGCCGUAGUCAGUCCAAUGGAAUCAUUCGUUAUCUUACAAACAUUAGCAGGAAUAAUGCUGGUGAAUACGAAUGUAAAGCUAUAAAUGACUGUGGAAAUAGCUCUGUCAGAAUUUUCCUCACUGUGCUCUAUAAACCAGAAAAGUUCAACUUCACAGUAAGUAACUCAACCGUGUGCCAGGGUUCUGUGGUCACCUUCAACUGUUCAGCAGAUGCAAAUCCCCCUGUGGAUACAUAUCAUUUAUUAGAGAAUGGUGUGUAUGUUAGAAAUGGCAGCAACGGUCUUGGAAUGUGGAGCAGGAACAUGUCAACUGGAGGAGUGUUUAACUACAAGUGCAUAGCAAACAACUCUGUGGGAACAGUGUACAGCAUGAGUGUAACAGUUACUGUAAAUGUACUGUCGUCCAUACAAGCAAUACAAGAUCUGAAUAUAACUGAAGGCCACAACUUAUUUCUGACAUGUAAUGUAUCUGGAAUGCCACCACCAUGGGUGUCUUGGAUUAAGCCUAAUGGUCAGAGUGUUGCUGGAAAGGUAUUGGAGUUUAUGAAAAUUGACAGGAGUGAAGCUGGAGAAUACACAUGUGCAGCGAGUCAUGAGUGUGGCAACCCAACAGAGAUAGCAAGCAUUGAUGUGCAGUAUAAACCAGAAAAGUUCAAUUUCACAGUAAGUAACUCAACUGUGUGUCAGGGUUCUGUGGUGACCUUUAACUGUUCAGCAAAUGGAAUUCCUCUGGUGGAUACAUAUGAGUUGUUAGAGAAUGGUGUGCUUGUUAGGAAUGGCAGCAACAGUCUUGGAAUGUGGAGCAGGAAUAUGUCAACCAAAGGAGUAUUCAACUACAAAUGCAUGGCAAAGAACUCAGUAGGAACGGCGUACAGUAUGAGUUUAAACGUUACGGUAGAUGGUGUACAAGCAAUAGAUAAUAGGACAGUCACUGAAGGAGGAAAUGUGACUUUGACUUGUCAAACAUACGGAAGAGACAAACUGAUUCCCAGUUCCCAGUACAACACUGUCAAUGCCAUGAGUAUAUACUUUGGUCCAGAUCCACCAGAAUUCAACAACGUAAGUAGCGAUGUAGUGGUUGUGGAAGGUGACCCCAAUAUUACUUUACAGUGUAUUGCAGACGGUGAACCAACACCAAACAUCACCUGGACCAAAAUAUAUGCUAACGGCAGUGACAGUGGUGUACUGGCAACUGGGAAUCAGUUUUUCCUUGAAACCAACAGAAAUAACAGUGGAACAUAUCGCUGUACAGCAUUUAAUGGAAUAGGAACUGUACCAAAUGGCACAGUGAAAGUAGAAGUUAAUUUUAAACCAGAGAAUGUCAAGUUAAUGGUGAAUGAAUCGGUUGUAUGUAAAAGUGACGUUGUCAUUACCACCUGCCUAGCAAAUGGCAAACCUGCAGUGCAUAUUUAUCAACUGUUUGAGAGUGAAGUACCAGUCAAUGAUGGAAACAGCUCAGCUGGGGUAUGGAUAAGGAAAGAUUUGAAAGGAGGAGACCUUAGCUACAGAUGCGUGGCUAAUAACACUGUUGGAACAGCUGAGAAGACUUUAAAUGUUACAGUAAAAGUACCGUCAUCCAUACAAGCAAUGCAGGAUCAGAAUGUAACUGAAGGCUACAAUUUGACUCUGAAAUGUAUUGUAUCUGGAAUCCCCUCACCAACGGGGUCUUGGAUUAAGCUUGAUGGUCAGCGACACCAUGGACACAUGUUGGAGAUUAUAUACAUUAAUAGGACUCAAGCUGGUGAAUACAAAUGUGAAGCCAAUAACGAGUGUGGCAAUGCAACAGAGACAGCAACUAUUGAUGUGCAGUACAAACCAGAGAAUGUCCAGUUAAUGAGUUCUACUAUGAAUGACAAAGGAUGUAGGGGAGAAGUCAUCAGCUUUAACUGCUCAGCUAUUGCUAAUCCAGAAGUGACGUCAUACCAGCUGUUUGAGAACGAGACUGCCAUUUUCAACACGAGUACCUCGGGGACGUGGAGCAAGACUUUGGGGAGUGAAGGAGUGUUUGUCUACAAAUGUGUGGCUAACAAUUCUCUGGGAUCAGAAUACAGCAUGAGUGUUACUAUCACCACGAAUGCGCCUUCUUCAAUUAUCCAAAUUACACAAGAUCAGAAUGUAACUGAAGGUGACAAUGUGACUCUUAUGUGUAAUGUAUCCGGAAUGCCUACACCAAUGGUGUCUUGGAUGACACCGUAUAGUCAACGUGUCAGUGGAUACAAGCUGGAAGUUAGAAAAAUUAACAGAAGUCAAGCUGGUGAAUACAAAUGUGAAGCCAGUAACGAGUGUGACAAUGCAACAGAGAAGGCAACCAUCAUUGUGCAGUACAAACCAGGGAAUGUGCAAUUGACAAUAUCUGUCAUGGAUAACAAAGCGUGUAAGGGUGACAUGAUUGGCUUUACCUGUUCUGCUGAGGCUAAUCCAUCAGUGACGUCAUACCAGCUGUUUGAGAACGGGACAGUCAUCGUAGACGCAAACCUUUCAGGAAUAUGGAAAAGGAAUGUGCUAACGGGCGGACUGUUCAUGUACAAGUGUGUGGCCAACAACUCUCUAGGAUCAGAAGUCAGUUCACCUGUUAUGAUCACAGUGAAUGUGCCUUCAAACAUCGAAUCAAUUCAAGAUCAGAAUGUAACCGAAGGUGACAAUUUAACUUUGACAUGUAGUGCAACUGGAGUGCCUCAACCAAAGGUGUCUUGGAUUAAGCCUGGUGGUCACCGUCACAAUGGACACACGUUGGAGGUUACACACAUUAAGAGGGGUCAAACUGGUGAAUACAAAUGUGAAACCAGUAGUGAGUGUGGUAAUGCAAUAGAGAAGGCCACCAUUCAUGUGCUGUUUCCUGCUGCAGUUAUGGCCAUGGGAGAACACACUGUCGUUAAGGGUGGAACUAUUGUACUUCACUGUAAUGUGUCUGGGACGCCGCCACUUUCUAUCUUAUGGACUCAUGUAAAAUCAGGCAAAACAUGGAACCAGAAAAAAUGGAGCAUUGAAGAUAUCCAAGUAGAGAAACUUGGAGAAUACAGGUGUAAUGCCAGUAACAAAUAUGGAGAAGAAAUAAAAAGUACCUUUAUCUUUUAUGAGGGUGGUAUUUGUGAGAAACCAUGUACUGCUGGAAAAUCGUGUCGCAAGUUUGGAGAAACAUACAUCUGUAUCUGUCCUCCGGGAAAAACAGGAGCAAACUGCCAGGAAACAGAGGAAUCCCAGAAAAACUUUGUUAUGGUACUGAAACUCAAGGGAGAGUUCAAACAAGUAUACGAGAACCUGGAAAAUCCACAGACAAAAAUGCUUGUCCGAGAUAUUGAAAAAAAUACGAUGGAAGAAUUCAAAGGUACUAGUCUCGCUAGCGUUAAGGUCCUCGAACUGAGAGGGAGUGUUAUUGCAGAAAUAUCGCUCACCUUUGACGAGCCUGUUGGAGAAAGUGAAGUAGAAUCAUUGCUUCUAGACGCAAGUAAUGAUGGAAGCCUUGGCAACCUAAAAGUAGAAAGUUUUUCCGUAGGACCAACUAUUUCAGAUUCAGCUACUGUUCCUGGUCUAGUUCCAUCUGAACCAGCAAAGGUGAACAAGGAUGUUGUUUAUGGCUCAGUUAUUGGAGUCCUCGCUUUGAUUCUCGCUCUCAUCAUCAUUUUCUUGGCCUGGAAACGAUACAAACGUAAGUAGAGUAAAUUACUUUAUUCAGUUGGUAAAUGUUCUGAUCCGAGAUGCUAGUAACUGAGAUUUAUGAUUUGUGAACGAUUGACAAAGGGAGAUCCAGUUGAGGAAUAGCAUGGAAACUGAGAGGGGGAAAGAAGGAAAACAGCUAGGAGUCGGACAACUUGCAGUAUUGCCUACACAUUUCGCAAAGUCUUUCAAUUCAUGACCCAAUUAGCAGCGUUAUGCUUACUUUCGUGCAAUAUAUAGUAUAACUAUUACUGAUUGGAAGUACUUACAAGCGAAAGAGCUGGAAAUAC